AUGCCCUCACCCCUGCCGCGGCGCCCCCACCUCACUGGCGACUUCUCCCCGUCGGUGGACUCGCGGCCCUGCAGCAGCCCCUCGGAACUCCUGGGGAAGGCAAGGAAGCUGUCCCUGGGCGGCACGCCUCCCAGGGCCCCGCGGCUGCCACCCCGGCUGGCCUGGUGUUCCAUUGACUGGGAACAGGUGUGCCUACUGCAGAGGCUGGGAACCGGGGGCUUUGGCUCCGUGUACAAGGCGACUUACCACGGCGUUCCAGUGGCUAUAAAGCAAGUGAACAAGUGCACCAAGAACCGGCUGGCUUCCCAGCGCAGUUUCUGGGCUGAGCUCAACAUCGCAAGGCUUCGCCAUGCCAACAUCGUGCGGGUUGUGGCUGCCAGCACGUGCACGCCUGCAGGCUUCAACAGUCUAGGCACCAUAAUCAUGGAGUUUGGUGGCAAUGUCACCUUACACCAAGUCAUAUAUGGUGCUGCCAGCUGCCCCGAGGAGGCGCAGGUGGAGGUGGCGAAGCCUGCCUGCUGUGCUGCCGAGCAAUUAAAUUUGGGGAAGUGUCUGAAAUAUUCCCUAGAUGUUGUGAAUGGCCUGCUUUUCCUUCACUCACAAAGUAUUGUGCACUUGGACCUGAAGCCGGCUAACAUUUUGAUCAGUGAGCAGGAUGUCUGCAAAAUUGGUGACUUUGGUUGCUCCGAGAAGCUGGAAGAUCUGCUCUGCUCCCAGACUCCUCCUUACCCCCUAGGCGGCACCUACACCCACCGAGCUCCAGAGCUCCUGAAAGGAGAGAUCGUAACGCCCAAAGCCGACAUCUAUUCUUUUGCCAUCACCCUCUGGCAAAUGACUACCAAGGAGUUGCCCUACUCAGGGGAGCGUCAGUACGUGCUCUACGCUGUAGUGGCCUAUAAUCUGCGACCGUCUCUUUCAGCAGCUGUCUUCACAGACUCCAUUCCCGGGAAAAGACUUGAGAAGAUCAUCCAGGGCUGCUGGAGGGCCAGUGCUGUACAGCGGCCGAGUGCAGAACUCCUUCUGGUUGACCUUGACUCUUUAAGAGCUGAUUUGGCUGACUCUAAACCUGCAUCAAGAUAA